CCACUAUGCAUGCAUAUGUAUGCACCCUAUGCACUAUGCAUCUCAAAUUGAGAUUCUCAAUGUGAUCAUUCGUCACUUGAACCGUUCACGAUCACCAAGUCCAUCAAAAGUAAAAUGGAAAUUUGUCAAAGCGAGAAACUACUAGAAUUCACUACAGGAGAAGCAGAAUGUUUACGAUUCAUUCACAAAUUGAUGAACGACGACGAGGACUUACAACACUUGAUAAAAUUCUGGACAAACGAACUCGUGUUGAUCAUGAUUCGCUCGUUCAAAUUGAACCCACACAAGAUCUUUCGUGUGACUAAACGUCUCCUGCACUGUUGUACCAAGACAUUUCCCGACCUCUUCUCUCUGGUAGACUCGACGAAACUUGAACCGACUUUGGCAAAAAAAAUGUUUCAAAGGGUUAACAUGGGUGAAUGUACUCAAUCCCCAGGAAUUAUCGUGUUUAGGUUCAACCGUUGGAAUCCUGACGAGGUUAGCGUCGACGAAGCGAUAGCCGCGGGAAUCCUGUACAUUUAUGAAGCGUCGAAGGACGCAUACGUACAGAGGAAUGGCGGCAUGUUUGUAAUGGAUGCGGAUGGAAUUGAAUUCUCCCAUGUUAGACGAGCAUCUUUUGACGUGAUUAAAAAACUUAACUGUUUACUAAAUGCGCUGCCACUUAAGUUUGUGGGUUGUGUCGUUAUAAACUGCCCACCAGUCGUGGAAACGUUGUUUAAUAUUUUGAAGUAUGCAUUACGGGCGCGGAACAGAAAACUAAUUCAUGUCGUCCAUAAAAAUUUAACACCGCUUCAUGACAUGGUUCAGGACAAAGAGUUGCUCCCAAUUUACCAAAGGGCGCUUUCGCUGGUGGUGACGAAUUUGUCGUUGAAUAACCCCGGAACGGUUUGUCGUAGCGAGUCAAAAUUUUGAACCGACGAGCAUGUUAUUCUCAGAUAGAGUAUCCGAACCCAAACAAGUCCAUUUGACUUAUAUCAGGGGAUUAUACAGGUAUUUCACUAUUCGAAAUGAUUUUUAUCCCCAAUCUAGCUUCAAGGUCCUUUGCAUAAUCUUGGGUCAACUUUUCCGUCUGGGAAGACGCUGAGUCAUUAUGAAAAAUCACCUUAUUUAUUUUUUUACCGUGCAAUUUAGGAAAAUGUCAUUCUAAAAGUGGUUUCAAUACACGGUCCACGUCAUACCUUGCAGGUUCCUUCACUUUUUGGGGGACUUUGAUAAGUGGGAGGACACCACGACCCGACAUUGCACCCACAACCAUAAACUGUUUAAAAAAGUUCUCCUUACGCGGAAGCACCAACUUGCGUGAAUUGUUUUCGGCAUUUGUCGUGUAGUAAGCUCUUGGAACCCAAUUAGUAACUUGUAGAGAAAUUAGUGCUUCGUCAAAUGUCACCAAUAACUCACUCUGAUUCCUUGACUGAAAAUUUAGUAGCAAAGGUGCAAAAUGAGUACAAGAUGCUUCAUGAUGCUAUCAAAGAAUGACAACAUAUUUCGCAAAGGUUAAAAAGAUUAGUGUAAAGCACGUAAUUCAAAUGGUAGAGUUGAAAAUUCAAUUGAUUUGCAUUUAUGUAUAUUUAAAUAAAAUUGUACAAAUUAUAUAAAUACAAGGUGAUUUUAGUUGAACACAAGUGA